GGUGAGCCAUGCCGUCGGUCCCUUCCUCCAAAGAGAGCCCUGUGAAGAGUCCAGUGUGCCCUCAUGCUGCCAAACUGCUCAACCACACCAACGGAGAAUCCAAACUGCGGGAGGGUUCGUUCCCAGCGAACGGGGUUGACAAGCUGCCCGCGAUGGAGGACGCUGAAGAGUCCAACAGAACCAUUCAGAUCAACACAAAGAACGUCACCGCUGAGAGGAAGUGGAUCCGACCCGACCUUCCCAGCCGCUGCAAAUGGAGCCUGGGAGCCUCAAAAGCCGACUCUCCUCAUUCUCAAGUCCCAAGAACCAUCUCUCCAACCAUUCUUCCAAACAUCCUGCACAGGAUCGGUGACACUCCCUUGGUGCGCAUCAACAAGAUCCCCAAAGUGUUUGGACUCAAAUGUGAAAUACUGGCCAAGUGCGAGUUCUUCAACGCUGGCGGCAGCGUCAAGGACCGGAUCAGCCUGCGGAUGGUGGAGGACGCCGAGAGAGCUGGGGUCCUCAAGCCUGGAGACACUAUCAUAGAGCCCACCUCUGGAAAUACUGGUAUUGGUUUGGCCCUGGCUGCCGCUGUGAAAGGCUACCGCUGCAUUAUUGUCAUGCCUGAGAAAAUGAGCAUGGAGAAGGUGGAUGUUUUGAGAGCCCUUGGAGCCGAGAUUGUCCGCACUCCCACCAGCGCUCGCUUCGAUUCACCUGAGUCUCACGUGGGCGUAGCCUGGCGCCUUAAAAACGAGAUCCCCGACUCUCACAUCCUGGACCAGUACCGUAACCCGAGCAAUCCUCUGGCUCACUACGACACCACAGCUGAGGAGAUCCUGGAGCAGUGUGACGGUAAAGUGGACAUGCUGGUGGCAGGAGCCGGCACAGGAGGGACAAUCACAGGCAUCGCCCGCAAACUGAAGGAAAGAUGCCCAAACAUCAAAAUUGUCGGUGUCGACCCAGAAGGCUCCAUCCUGGCGGAGCCCGACCAGCUUAACAAGACCGAUAAGACCCAGUACGAGGUGGAGGGCAUCGGGUACGACUUCAUCCCCACCGUGCUCGACAGAUCAGUAAUUGAUACCUGGUACAAGUCAGACGAUGAGGAGUCCUUCAACAUGUCUCGCAUGCUGAUCAGAGAGGAGGGCCUGCUGUGCGGAGGCAGCUCUGGGACGGCCAUGGCAGCAGCGGUAAAUGUCGCCAAAGAGCUAAAAGAGGGCCAGCGCUGUGUGGUCAUCCUGCCAGACUCCAUCCGCAACUACAUGUCAAAGUUCCUCAGUGACAAGUGGAUGGUCCAGAAGGGCUUCCUGAGCGAGGAGGACCUCAUGGUGAAAAAACCAUGGUGGUGGAACCUGAGGCUGCAGGGGUUGAACCUGUCCGCCCCCCUCACCGUCCUGCCCACUGUCACCUGCCAGAAGACCAUCAAAAUCCUGAAGGAGAAGGGCUUCGACCAGGCACCCGUGGUGGAUGAGGCUGGGUUAAUCCUGGGCAUGGUGACUUUAGGGAACAUGUUGGCCUCCGUUCUGGCGGGGAAGAUCAAGCUGUCAGACCCGGUCAGCAAAGUGCUCUACAAGCAGUUCAAACAGAUCCGUCUGACUGAUAAUUUGGGAAAGUUAUCUCGUAUUCUGGAGACUGACCACUUUGCCCUGGUGGUGCAUGAACAGAUCCAAUACUUGACAGACGGCACUCCCAGUCUGAAGCAGAUGGUGUUCGGGGUGGUGACGGCCGUCGACUUGCUCAACUUCGUCACGGUCCGGGAAAGGCGAGAGAGGUCCAUGUCGGAGUCCACCGACGAGCUCAACUAACACACGCAGUACACGCUUUGUACAUUUCUCUGCACUUACGUAACAAACGCAAAGGACAGCUGUAGCAGACGCAAAAUGGCAAAAUAAUAAUCUUUUGAUUUGAGUUAGGUCUUUUUUUUUUUUCUCCACUUAAAAAUACUGAUUUUUUUUUUUUUUUAAAGAUUUAAUAAGCAAACUAAUGUUGCUUAUGUCAAGUGUGAGAGGGUUUACUUAUUAUUUGAAAACGACUGACUUAAUAUUACUCAAGCCAAAUCUUGUGUCCGUUUGUAACUUGUAGAAAGCUUUUUUGUUUUGUAUCACAGUCUUAAAUAGAGGCCUCCAUGUUGCUGCUUUACUCAUCUGAAAAGUACAUGAUUAUUUCUCAGUGCCUUUUGUGUCAGUCAAACAUCAGAAAUAAGGCAUAAAAUAUUAAAAAUCUCAUCCAUCAAGAUUAGACAAAUAGAAAGUUGCUGUAUAUAAGCAUGUUAUUCUUCCCAGUGCUGCUGAUUACAUGCUGCUUUUUCAUUUGUGUAUUUGUACACAGAAAAGAAACACAUGGUGUGUAAUCAAAUUUCUUGAAAAAAAAAAAGUAGUGAGCUGUUGUUUCUCUCUCCUUUCAGCACAGUGACCUGUGAUGUAUCUGUAAAGUUGUUUGGACUAUUUAAUCUUAGCUGUGUCAGAGAGAAACCUUUUGUAUUGCAUAAUUUUUCCUUAAUGAAUGUGUAUGAUUUAAAUAAAGUUUAAAUGAAGUCUGA